AUGACUUCCAGGAGGCCAAUGACUCGCUCUUUUUCUGCCAACGGGAGGACAAGCAGCUUCAGUGAAGAGGACAGCAGCUCCUCCAAUGGCCGCACCGAAACCCGCAAUAAUUACCUUUCAAGCGUUAGGCCUGAAAACAGGUAUUCUCACUACAGGCCAACGAGGAGCACAUUAUGCACGGUCAUGGCUCAGCUUACCGAGGACAUCCAACCUUGCUUUGAGACCACCUUAAAAUCAAAGGCAGUUUCGGAAAACUGUAACGUAAAGUUCACCUGUGUCGUAACAGGUUAUCCGGUCCCAGAAUUGAAGUGGUACAAAGAUGAUAUGGAAAUGGAUCGUUACUGUGGACUCCCAAAAUAUGAGAUCCUCAAAAAUGGGAAAAUUCACAGCCUUCAUAUUUACAAUUGCACAUUGGAUGAUGCGGCUAUCUAUCAGGUCUCAGCCAGCAACAGCAAAGGUAUUGUCUCCUGCUCAGGGGUAUUAGAGGUGGGCACCAUGAGUGAGUUCAAGAUCCAUCAGAGAUUCUUUGCCAAGCUGAAGCAGAAAGCAGAAAAGAAGAGGAGAGACUUGGAAGAGCAGAACAAGAAGGGGGGUACUAUCCAGACAGAUGAAUCACGGGUUAGUCCAGAGGCACCACCAAGAAAACGCCCAGUCCCACCACCGGAGCCGGUUCGAACAGCUAAUGAGUCUGAAGCUGUUAAGCAGCAAAGGGCUGCUGUAGAAAGCAAUGGGGUUCACUCUGAUGUCAAAGAAACAGCUUCUGCCGUUUCGCUGGACAAUGGUCUGAAAGAGAACAUACCGGUCUUUGAGGAACUCGUGGCAAAAAAGAAACCAAAGAUCACAAAUGGUGUCGAUGCUGGCUUUAGCACCGCCACAAGCAGCAACAGUAGAGACCAUGUCAUGGGAAAUGGCAGUGAAAACCGUUACGAUGGAGGAAUCAGUCUGGCACAAUUUUUAUCAGAGACUCUCCAGUCACAAACUGCUGAGGAGAACGAGAACUCGUGUGAAGUGGAAAAACCUCAAGAGAUGGACGUAUGUAUCGAAAAUGAGAGCACAGAGAAAGAAGGAAGGCAUGAUGAGUUACCAGUUGAAAAGAAAGAGCAUGAAACCGCGGUAGAAAAAGAUUUAGGUUUAGAAAGGGAAAAAGAAAAGGAAAGAUUACAAGAAGUGUCACAUCAGGCUGAACAUUCUAAACAUUUCAGAAAGGCGGUCAAGGAUCAUGACCAUCAUAACAUUCAGUCAUCCUUAUCCACCAUGUUGCACACAGUCAAAGAUUUCUUCUUUGGGAAGGGUAAGAGGGACUCUUAUGAAGAUAUUGAUAACAAAGAUAAAGAACAGGACCAGAAUCCCAAAUCCAUUAAAUCAUCACAAUCACUAACACCGCCAUCAUAUCGGCUGUACAAGAAGCAUCGGGCAGAGGUAGAUAAAGCUCACACGGACCAAAGUGCACCUAUGGAAAUAGAUACGUCAAAAGAACCCUCAAAACGCAUUGAUGAAGACCAACAGUCGGCAUCGAAGAAACUCUCGACAGCACAAGAACGUCAAAUAAACCAUGCUGUAAAGUCACCAGCUAUUGAAUUACCCCUUGGGAACCUUAAAGAGCCUAGAAGACAAAGUAACCAAGAGACUGGGCGUCAGGUAGAAAACAUGGAGCGAUCUGCGAGUGAAGGGACCCUCGGCCCAGGUCAACAAACGUCGUUCUCCAGUCUUCAAGUUCUUACUGAGGCUAAAGAGAAACAUACUGGGGUGGUGCCAAGUAUGGAUAUGGUUCCCUCACAAGCAGCAGAUACCCUGGUGGCUUCAACCACGCCACAGUACCGCGCUGCAGAGGUUACAUCGUCACCCAGACGAAAUAAAUCCUUCCCGCACACCAGCCGAAGUUUCAAUCAACAGUCUCCUCUUUUAAAAGAAAACCAAGCUCCUCCUUUCAGUGUUAUAUCAGCUUUGGAGACUAGUAACCUUUGUGUGACACCAACCGUGGCUUUGCAAAGGGGAGAAAUACGUGUUGGCAAGGUGGCUAAUGGCGAUAAACCUCACAAAGAGGUGAAAUACGCAACAUCGCCCAAGAAAUCAGGUUUGAAAAGUGAAGAAAAAUCAAAAGAGCUACCCAAUGUAAACAGACCCAAAGUGACUGUAUUAACACCGCCUUCAAUCGAAAAGGAUAAACCUGACAAAGAUGUGAACUGCACAUCCAAGAAAUUAUGUAUGGAAACUGAAGAAAAAUUAAAAGAGGUACCCGAUCUAAAUAAACCUAAGGUGGCCGUAUUAAUGCCACCGUCGCUGGAAGAGGGUAAACCAGGCACAGGGGUAAACUAUUCUUCCAAGAAAAGUGUGAAAACUGCAGAGAAUUUAAAAGAAAUAUCUCAUCCUGUGACAAGCACAACUAAGGUGGCUGUAUUAACACCGCCUUCAAUGGGUGAGGGUAAAAUUGAUAAAAAGGUGAACUACCCAUCCACAAAAAGUGUUGAAACUGAACCGGAAUUGAAAGAGCUACCCUGCCCCGAGAUAAAAAGACCCGAGAUGGCUGUGUUUACACCUUCUUCGCUGGAAGAGGCCAAACCUGACAAAGAGGUGGAGUACCCUUCCAAGCAAUGUGUGAAAACCGAAGAGAAAUUAAAAGAGCUACCCUGUCCCAAGAAGAACAGACCCGAGAUAACUGUAUUUACACCGCCUAUGCUGGAAGAGGGUAAAACCACAGAAGACAAUGUUUCCCUUGAAAUUCUGAAGGCAAAACCCCUAAAACAAGCUAAGAUUGACACUUCCGUGACCGUUGAGGACCUUCUCAGAAACAGAGCCCCGGUUGAGAGACUCACGCAAAAACCCCCCACUCACCCAUCACUGAGCCCUGGUAGUAUCCGUAAAUUUAUGGCUAAGGCUGCCGCAGAGCUAGAAAGUGAUGCUGGGAUGAUGGUCCCUGUGAUUACAGUGGAUGACCGUCAGAGUGACAAGGCGGAUGAGGACACGAGUGGCGGAUCGACACCGACGUCCUCUACACCGACAUCAUCGUUGUCCUGUGAAAGCAGCCCAAGGCUGAAACGAAGGGACAGUCUUACACUCAUCCGCUCUGCCACGCCUGAGGAGUUGGCUUCAGGAGCCCGCCGCAAGAUCUUUAUGCCUAAACCUAAAGAGGAUGUUGACUCACCUGCUAGUGCACUGGAAGCUCAAAACAAGAAGGAGAGCCCCUACAUGUCUCCAAGCCAGGCUCGCAGAGCGGCUUUGCUCCAAGCACCUGUGGGACAAAACACCCCCCCAAUGGAGAGGCGCUCACCACUCAUGAAUCGAAGGAAGGCCACGCUAGAGGUACCCAAAGUGGUGGAAGAGCCACCCAAAGAGGAGCCAGCUAAGGGUGUAAAAGAGGAAAAAGUUGCUGAAAAGAAGUUUGACCCUCUGAAAGCUCCACAGGUCAUCCGUAAGAUCAGAGGAGAACCUUUCCCCGAUGCCUCUGGACACCUGAAGCUCUGGUGCCAGUUUUUCAACGUGCUGUCCGACUCCUCUAUUAAAUGGUUCAGGGAUGAAGAGGAAAUACUGGAGGUCAAGAGAAGUGCAGGGGAUGAGACUCAAGUGGCACUUGCUAUCGUUCUGGCAGCAAGCCAAGACUGUGGCGUGUAUGGCUGCACCAUCAAGAAUGAAUAUGGCACCGACACCACAGACUUCCUCCUCAGCGUGGACAUUCUGUCAGAUAUUCUUCUCAGAGAUGAUUUGGAAGUUGGAGAGGAGAUAGAGAUGACACCACUGCUGUUCACCAAAGGCCUUGCUAACUCCGGCAACUGGGGUGACAAGUACUUUGGCCGCAUCAUGACUGAGAUGGCGAACAUUGGUGAAGGUUGCAGACAUAAAGCCAGUCGAGUGAAAGUCAUCUAUGGUUUGAAUCCUAUCUAUGAGUCUGGAAGUACAUGCAUCAUCAAGGUUCCAAACCCUAUUCCCUAUGGGACCAAGCAGGAUAGCAAUCUUAUAGAUAGAAAUCUAGAAAUGACAAAACAGGAAUGUAAAAUCCAGAACAUGAUCCGAGAAUAUUGUAAAAUCUUUGCGGCUGAAGCAAGAGUAAUUGAAAACUUUGGCUCUUCACUGGAAGUAAUUCCUCAGUACCUGAUGUACCGACCUGCCAACUCUGUGCCGUAUGCCACAGUGGAAGUUGACUUAGAGGGGGUCUUUCUCAAGUAUUCUGCGACAGAUGCCAAAGGCAAUGUGAUUGCGCGAAGUGCCUCUGAGAUGGAACAGAAAUGUAGCACUUUCCAACACUGGAUUCACCAGUGGACUCACGGCAAUUUGCUCAUAACCCGCAUGGAAGGUGUUGAAACGAAGAUUACGAAUAUUAGAGUAGUGACCAAGACUAGAGGGUAUCAAAGCCUGACAGACUGCGGCUCUCCAGAAGUCUUUGAGCAUUUCCCAACGGUCCACCAGUGCAACUACUACUGUGGACUCCUUGGCCUGCGCCCACUCAAAACUCAGGACCAGACCACCAAGGUAAAGGGUUCCAGGAGCCCCAAUCUCAACCGCAAGUUGACCCCAGGCUCAGGCAGCCCGCAGCCACACCGUAAAGGACAUAGUCCACAGAUGGCUCGGAAGGCUAAUGAGAGUCCAAAGGUGACAAGGAAAGUCCAGGAGACAGGGGACAAUGACUCAAAUGACAAACUUAAAUCUGCAGAAACAACUGAGGCUCUUGAAAUGAGGUAG